UAAUCGUAACACCUUGAACUUGGUCUGGUAGUAAAUUGGCAGGCAGCGCAGAUCUCUGAGUACAGGGGCAAUAUGCUGACCAGACCUCCCCCCUGUCAGCCAUAACCCUUCAGCAUCCUGCACUGACUGCAGCUUCUGGACCAAGAGCAAAGGAAGCCCCACAUGGGGCUUGAAGUAACCCCUGUCACCACGAGGUCAGAAAGCGAGCGAGCACCUGCCUUUGUCCCCUCUGGUUCUUGCAGGGAAUCCUGGAGGCUCGUACAGAGAGAGAAGGACCUGCUGCAGGCUCGUACCCUGGAGCUAGAAGCAUCUCUGCACGCCAAGCAGGAGGAGGUGGGCAGCCGGCCGGACAGCCAGGAGCACAUGCCCCAGGACGGGAGAGGUCGGCAGGGGCAGAGGACGGCAGCCGCGAAGACCAGGGAGGAGGAGUUGCAGAACAUGAGUGGUCCAGGCCUCUCUGCCAAGGUGUGGGGCCGCUGGGAGACGACACCCCGCUAAGUCUCUUGCCUUUUUCUUCCUUUUUGCUACUGCACGGGUGGGGAACUCCAGGGCAGUGGCGGACCUUGGGGGUCAGCAGUGCCCUGUGCAACUCCUAAAUUUGGCACCCCCCCCCAACUCUUGUGCUCCAUGCAAAAUCAGUUGCGGCGCCCUCUGCAGCGCCCCCAAGGCUUGGCACCCAGUGCAACAGAACGGGUAGCGCUCUCCUGAAUCCGGCUCUGUGCAGGGAGACUUCUGGGGGGCUUGCUAUCUAGCCACCAGGACUCUCUGCAAGCCAGGCCUCUCCUGGCCCUACUUCACAGCCUCUUGGAGCCGGGAGGUCCAGCUUUUCAUACCAAGUGGGCCUCAAGAAGGCUUUGACACAGAACCCUGCAGGCUCUUUCUCUGCCAGAGACAUCACACCUCUUUCCCAAAGCCCAGCGCCUCCUUACCAGGCUUUGGGAAGGUAGCACUGGGGCUGGGGGAGGCGUCAAAUGUUGCCAAGGGCCAUCCCAAAAGGCCUCGAGGCCUGCAUGCUGCCCUCAGGUAUUGGACCGCCCUGUCCUGAAGUGUUUUUGUCUAGCUGGAAAUAUGUCCUGGAGCUCUGACCCUGCCUUGUGCUUGAGUGUGCCAGCUGGGCAAAGGAAUAAUUUGCAUCUGUUGCUCCACCCACUUUUGCUUCAGGCCCCGCCCACCACUGGCAUGUGGUCCCCAGAAGGUUGCCCCACGGGAAGGCAGCCCUCUGGCCCUAAAGGCUUCCCUGUCCCUUUAGCCAGAGCCUGUCUUGUUGAAAUCUGAACGGGUGAAGCUUUUCCGUUCUCUCUGGCCCCAGCCAGGCCAUGCCUUGAAGCAGACAGCUUCCCCCACAGAGCCCUUGGAGCUGUAGUUUCCCCACCACAGCGCUAUAGUUUCCAGCACCCUAAACAAAUACCGUUCCCAGAAUUCUUUGAGGAGCUGUGUAUGGCAUGGAUGUGACCAAGGAAAAGCUUCCUUUGCUUUUAAGUCAUAGAACUGCAGAAAUCCUUUAGGCCAGCCUGCAGCAAACUGUUAAGGGGGCAAGGAGCGCCAUGUUUUGCUAGGAGUUGUCAGUAGCCCUCUCCUCCAUUAAUUUCUCCAGUCCUCCUUUACAGGCUGGUGGCCACCACUGCCUCAUGUGGCAGGGAGUUCCAUAGUUUAACUGUGUGCCAUGUGAAGAAAUGCUGCCUCCCUAAUCCAUCUUGACUCUUUUCCAACAUUCAGCUUCAUUGGAUGCUCAUGAGUUCCAGUAUUAUGAGAGAGGGAGGGAAACUGUCCUUUGUCCACUCUCUCCAUGCCAUGCAUUAUUAUUAUUAUUAUUAUUAUUAUUAUUAUUAUUAUUAUUAUGAGGAACGGCUAAGGGAGCUGGGCAUGUUUAGCCUGGAGAAGAGGAGGUUAAGGGGUGAUAUGAUAGCCAUGUUCAAAUAUAUAAAAGGAUGUCACAUAGAGGAGGGAGAAAGGUUGUUUUCUGCUGCUCCAGAGAAGCGGACACGGAGCAAUGGAUCCAAACUACAAGAAAGAAGAUUCCACCUAAACAUUAGGAAGAACUUCCUGACAGUAAGAGCUGUUCGACAGUGGAAUUUGCUGCCAAGGAGUGUGGUGGAGUCUCCUUCUUUGGAGGUCUUUAAGCAGAGGCUUGACAACCAUAUGUCAGGAGUGCUCUGAUGGUGUUUCCUGCUUGGCAGGGGGUUGGACUCGAUGGCCCUUGUGGUCUCUUCCAACUCUAUGAUUCUAUGAUUCUAUUAUUAUUAUUAUUACUAUUUAUUUGUACCCCUCCCAUCUGGCUGGGUUUCCCCAGCCACUCUGUGCGGCUUCCAACAAAGAUGAAAAAUACAUUAAAAUGUCACACAUUAAAAACUUCCCUGAACAGGGAUGCCUUCAGAUGUUUUCUAAAUGUCAGGUAGUUGUUUAUCUCCUUGACAUCUGAUGGGAGGGCGUUCCACAGGGCGGGCGCCACUACCGAGAAGGUCCUCUGCCUGGUUUCCUGUAACUUGGCUUCUCGCAGUGAGGGAACCGCCAGAAGGCCCUCGGCGCUGGACCUCAGCGUCCGGGCAGAAUGAUGGGGGUGGAGACGCUCCUUCAGGUAUACUGGGCCGAGGCCGUUUAGGGCUUUCAAGGUCAACACCAACACUUUGAAUUGUGCUCGGAAACGUACUGGGAGCCAAUGUAGGUCUUUCAGGACCGGUGUUAUGUGGUCUCGACGGCUGCUCCCAGUCACCAGUCUAGCUGCCGCAUUCUGGAUUAGUUGUAGUUUCCGGGUCACCUUCAAAGGUAGCCCCACGUAGAGCGCAUGGCAGUAGUCCCUAGGAACCUCUGCCAUGUGGCGUCUUCCUCGGCUUCAGGAAGGGGUCUCUCGCAGUCCCACCAGGAGAUACCUGCGGGGACAGAAACUGGGACCUUCUGCUUGCAAGGCAGACACGCUGCCGCUGAGCUGUGUCUCUUCCCUCACCUUUAGCCUCACUGCUAAGCCUGUGUGGGGCCCCCAGGUUGUCCUUGAGGGCUUUGGGAAGGCAGGUGCAGGGCAGGCUUGGGAGGGUUGCUGUGGUUGGCACAGCACCCAGCUGGGUUGCUGAAAACCCCAAGGCUUCACCUCCCACUUCCAGAAGCCGAGAUCCGUGAAAGAGACGGGAGCUAGAACAGGGCCCUGCCAUCCUCCGGCCUCGCUGCCCACACAGGUCCAUUUCCUCCCCAGGAACAGAGUCAGGACUCGGAAGCGAAAGUCACCAGGAGCCCCCAGGGGAGGCAGGAGAGCCUGAGGCGGCAGCAUCAGCUGGUGACCGAGCAG